AAUGGAUGGACGAUGACGGUGGCUCGGAGUAAAUUGGGACCAGCCGAUUGUGAAAGUAAAGUGUAAACUAUGUCGAGCGCAACUCCCACAGCUAAAUCCAAGGCCAAAACCAACGCCAUCCAACCGCGCCAUGUGGCUGUCGCCAUUCCGUACCGCUACGACAGCGUGCAAUCGCAGUCGCGACCACAAGGCGACUUGCAGAUUUGUCUCGUCACCUCUCGCAAACACGAUGGACUGUAUGUGCUUCCCAAGGGAGGAGUGGAAGCGGGGGAGAGCUCAAGCGAAGCGGCUAUCCGUGAAAUGUGGGAAGAGGCCGGACUUCGACCCGCACCUUCAAACCAUCAUUCAGCCCCAGUCGAUUCAAGUGGACUUGAACCGUCGUUGUUAAGGAGUAACAUGGUAGCAGACCACAAGCCGCACAAGUUCAGUCCCUCCGCGGACCCGCUCUCGCCGGCGUUCGUGCCUCGUGCGAUCUACACUGCGCACGAGUUCGAGAUCAAAGACAGCAACAGUUCCUCGGCGGUAUGGCCAGAGAGCAGAGAGAGGCAGCGCAAGUGGGUUUCGCUUAAAGAGGCGAAGGAGGGGAUACGAUGGAGAAAGGAUAUUGCCGAAUUGCUCGAUAGGAGCACGCUAGGCGGUUAUUAGCCAGCGCGAUGAACAAUAUAACGUUUGGAAUCACUAUCGCGUCCCCUUGUUCCCCUUGUUCGGGUGUAGGAUACAAGAAAC